AACGAAAAUCAGAAAAUCAUAUUCACACAGAGACUUGAGAUUUGAGAAGACAUUCACAUGACAGAUUUGAGGAGAAACUGCGCUGAUGCGGUCCUUUUGGGUUCAAUGCCCUCGAAAUUCUUGCCUGUGUCCAACACAAACUGAUUUUUCCCUUUUUUGCCCUAGCUUUCUUCUUCCUUAAACUUCACCCAAUCAAACCCUAAUGUUUUCCUGAAUUUACACGCAAUUUCCACAAUUUCUCACAUCUCUGCUCUUCAAUUUUGAAAAAUCCCUUUAAUUUUUACCCAAAAUUGCAUCUCCUAUUUGAUUCACUCUCUAAACCACCAGAAGGGACAGAGAGACGAUAAAUUUGUAUGUAUGUUGUGAUGACGGUGUUUGAUUUUGGAGCUUGUUAUUCAUCUUCUUCGACUUCUAUAUCAAGAAACAAAUCUUCUCGAUAUUAAUUUCUCUUGAAUGCAACCCAAUGAUCUCUAAUGUGUACCCUAACUAAAUAAUCAUAACCCCACGUUUUUGCUCCGCGCGAUCCCCUCAUAAUGUCUGACGAACCAUCCUCAUCGCCGAUCCAUUGCGACGGCGAAAUCAACGACAACAAUAAAACUGCUGCAAACAAUAACAAUGGAAGCGACGCUGUAGUGAGGAGAGAGAGGCCUUCGCGGGCAUGUACUGCUCGUUCCGCUGCACGGUUGUACGCAGCUGCCGCUGCGGAAGCGGCGGUUGUGACGGGUGGACGGAAACAGAAAUCCAGACGGCGGCCUUCUCGGAGAGAAAUAGAGGAGGAGGAAGAAGAAGAAGAAGAGCAACCGCCUUCUCCGCCUAACCCGUACAGCACGAUCGUGACGCCGUUGGUGCGAGAGCCUCCGCUGUCACAGUUGUCGCGAUGGAGUAUUAGGUCUAUGUGGGAGCUAGCAUCAAUUCUUAAUUUUUUUAAUGUUUAUAGGCCUCUUUUGAAUAUUAAAGUUGAGUUUUCUGUUGAAGAGUUCGAAACAGCCCUGAUUACACCGAAUGGUACUUUGGGUGACAUUCAUAUUCCUUUAUUGAAGGCAAUAUCUCCAGUUACUCGGAUGGCGUUAGGAAGAAACACAUGGGUUACUGUUUUAUGCAGAAAGCUAAGAGAUUGGUGGCACUGGGUUGCAGAGGGGGAAUUACCUAUUGUAGCAUCACAUGGGGCGGAAAUUGAAACAUAUAACACACUUGAUCCUGGUGUUCGUGUGAUCAUAUUGAAAGCCUUAUGUGACAUUCGUGUUGAGCAAGAAGAUAUAAGAGGCUAUAUAGAUGACUCUAUAAAACAUGGUGUUCCUCUUUCAGCAUUUCGUAAAGAACGUACAGGUGGCGACUCUCAUGGAGUUUCUUACUGGUACGAGGAUGAUCCUAUCAUUGGACAGAGGUUAUACCGUGAAAUUAGGACAGUGGAAGUGAAGAAAGGGAAGGGGAAAAAUGUACAGUCUGUUCCAUCGUAUCAGUGGGAAACAAUUGCUACUAAUUUGGAUGAGUUUCAAGACGUUUCAGAAAAACUAUCUUCUAGCAAAAAUCGUACCGAGUCUUCACUUGGGAAGAAACUAGAAGAUGACAUCCUACCAGAGAUUGAGAAGGUCCAUAAGAGGAAAGAGAAGUUGCUCAAGAGACAGCAUAGACAAGCUCUUCUUCUUGAUAGCAUGAUUAUUGAUGCACUUGGUCCAGGGCGUUCCCUACGUGGCAGAAAACCCGUGUCCUACACUUUUGAUGAUUAUGACCGAUCGAUCAAUGAGGCUAUCAAGAUAACCAAAAGGAAGCAAGCGUCCCCAGAACAUAGUGUGAGGGAACAUAGCGUGAGAAGAGAAGGUUUAAGAAAUGGGGUUUCCACAAAUGGCGCUCCAUCACAAACUUCUCAUCAACCCUCACCAAUUCCAUCAUCACCCGAUUCACAUUCACUCCAACUUCAUUAUGAUGAAACCGAUGAAGAUCAUGCAUAUGCAUCUGAACCCUUGGAUCGAAGCAACAGGAAGAGGCAGAGGCCUCAAAGGUAUUCGGCACACGAGUUUGUAGAGGCCGUUUCCGACAAUGAUGGUGACAGUGACGAUGAUAUAGUUGGUGAAGCAGUAUACGAUGAAGAAUAUCUAAAAAGAAGAAAAGGAAGGAGAAAGAUGUCAAGUAGUUCUGAAGGUGAAGGAGAUGAAGAGUAUCAUUGGGAUGAAGAAAAUGCCAAGGAGGAAGAAGAAGAAGAAGAGGAUGAGGAUGAAGGGGAUGCGUCAAUAAGUGCAAGUGAAGACAGUGAUGUUCCACAAAGAUCCAACAAGUUUUCGGGCCGGGCCCGUCGGGCCACAAAACUAAGGUCGGUUGUUGAACUCCAAGACGGUCUCCGACGCAGUAAACGGGCCACUCGUAACCGUAUCGAUUACACAAAGUAUGAGUUUUCUGAUUCCGAACCCGAGUUAGCCAAGCCCGAGAAGUUAAAUGGGCCUAAUAAAAACCAUGAAGCAAGUGAAAGUGAUACACCGGGUUUUCCCAUGGGAAGUGACGAUAAUACUGGUACUGGUAGUGAUACUGAUAAUGGGGAGGUGAAGAUGGAUGGACCCGUUAUUGAAGAUGAGCCUAAGAUGGAAAAGGAAGAUGAACAUAAGGAACCACAAGCUAUGAAAGUUGAUGAGCCGGUGGAAGAUGAGUUUGAAGGUGGUUCGCAAAAAAGACGGUUUCUUGAUCUUAAUGAGCUUGCACCAGGUCCGGGGUUUGAAGAUGGCCAGACAAUGAAAGACGAAGAUACAGAUAAUUUGUAGGGGUUUCCCAACUCAUGGCUUGGGAAGCUAGUUGUACGAUAUUAUAUAUAAAUAUAUAAAUAUAUUUGUUAGUUUUUGCAA